GGUUCGUAGUAUUUGGGGAUUUCCUGGAGCUCUCUCUUCUCUCUCCACCGCACUCUUCCGAUUAGGUUUUCCUCCUAAUCUCACCCCAAGUUGGAAGUCGAACAUAAUCGUUCGCAGCUAUGGAGCGCAAGAUUAUCGAGUUGGAUCAAGGAUGGGACUAUAUGCAGAAGGGGAUCACCAAGCUCAAGAGGAUUCUUGAGGGACAGCCAGAGGCUCAGUUCAACUCAGAAGAAUACAUGAUGCUUUACACAACAAUCUAUAAUAUGUGUACUCAAAAGCCCCCGUAUGACUAUUCCCAACAGCUUUAUGACAAGUACAGGGAGGCAUUUGAGGAAUACAUUACCAAAAUGGUGAUGCCUUCUCUAAGAGAAAAGCAUGAUGAGUUUAUGCUGCGGGAGCUUGUCCAAAGAUGGGCAAAUCACAAGAUCAUGGUUAGGUGGCUGUCGCGCUUCUUUCAUUAUCUUGAUCGUUACUUCAUUGCACGUAGAUCACUUCCUGCAUUGAAUGAAGUUGGACUUUCCUGCUUUCGUGAUCUGGUUUACCGGGAGGUAAAUGCUAAUGCCAGAGUUGCUGUGAUUGGUCUUAUUGAUAAAGAGCGUGAAGGAGAGCAGAUUGACAGAGCUCUGUUGAAGAAUGUCAUAGACAUCUUUGUUGAAAUUGGCAUGGGACAAAUGGAUGCUUAUGAACAGGACUUUGAAACACAACUGCUAAACGAUACUGGUGACUACUAUUCUCGUAAAGCAUCAAAUUGGAUUUUGGAGGAUUCUUGUCCAGAUUAUAUGUUGAAGGCUGAGGAAUGUUUGAGAAGGGAGAGGGACAGAGUUUCUCAUUACCUGCAUUCAAGCAGUGAGCAGAAGCUGGUGGAGAAAGUGCAAAAUGAGUUGUUGGUGGUUUAUGCAACUCAACUGCUUGAGAAGGAGCAUUCUGGAUGUCGUGCUUUGCUUAGAGAUGACAAGGUGGAGGAUCUUUCUAGGAUAUAUAGGCUUUACCAUAAAAUAACUAAAGGCUUGGACCCUGUUGCUGCUGUAUUUAAACAGCAUGUUACUGCUGAAGGUACUGCCUUGGUUCAAGCGGCUGAAGAUGCUACAAGUAACCAGGGUUCAACUGGAUCUGGUGCUCAGGAGCAGGUCCUUGUCAGGAAAAUAAUUGAAUUGCAUGACAAGUAUAUGGCAUAUGUCAAUGAUUGCUUUAUAAACCACUCACUGUUUCACAAGGCUCUAAAAGAAGCUUUUGAGGUAUUCUGUAAUAAAGCGGUUUCUGGGAGUUCAAGUGCUGAGUUACUGGCUGGAUUCUGUGACAAUAUUCUCAAGAAGGGUGGAAGUGAGAAGUUGAGUGAUGAGGCUAUUGAAGAAACACUUGAGAAGGUUGUUAAGCUGCUUGCUUAUAUCAGUGAUAAAGAUCUUUUUGCAGAAUUCUACAGGAAAAAGCUUGCCCGUCGGCUACUUUUUGAUCGGAGUGCCAAUGAGGACCAUGAAAAAAGUAUUCUAACAAAGCUUAAGCAGCAGUGUGGUGGACAGUUUACCUCCAAGAUGGAGGGAAUGGUUACAGAUUUGACAGUGGCUCGGGACAAUCAGGUCAACUUUGAAGAGUAUCUUAAGAGCAAUGAGAAUGUUAGUCCUGGGAUGGAUUUGACGGUCACAGUUCUUACAACUGGUUACUGGCCAAGCUAUAAAUCUUUUGAUCUUAACCUUCCCGAAGAAAUGGUGAGGUGUGUUGAAGUUUUCAAGGCAUUUUAUGAAACAAAAACAAAGCACAGGAAACUUACAUGGAUUUACUCUUUGGGGACCUGCCACAUCAAUGGCAAGUUUGAGCCAAAAACAAUUGAAUUGGUUGUAUCAACCUAUCAGGCUGCUCUCCUGUUGCUCUUCAAUACUGCAGAAAAAUUGAGCUAUUCAGAAAUUUUGACCCAGCUGAACCUUACCCAUGAUGAUUUGGUUAGACUGCUUCAUUCCCUGUCAUGUGCUAAGUACAAGAUUCUACUUAAGGAGCCUGCCACAAAGACUAUCUCACCAAAUGACAACUUUGAGUUUAACUCGAAGUUCACAGACAGACUUAGAAGAAUUAAGAUUCCUCUUCCACCUGUGGAUGAAAGGAAGAAGGUCAUCGAAGACGUGGACAAAGACAGGCGAUAUGCUAUUGAUGCUGCAAUUGUGAGGAUCAUGAAAAGUAGAAAAGUCCUGGGUCAUCAACAGUUGGUGAUGGAGUGUGUAGAGCAGUUGGGACGGAUGUUUAAGCCUGAUAUCAAAGCAAUCAAGAAGCGCAUUGAGGAUCUCAUCACCCGUGACUACCUUGAGAGGGACAAGGAAAACCCGAACACGUUCAAGUACCUUGCAUGAUUCAAAUGCUGGACCUGGGGAUAUGUUACUUGGGGUAUGCUGGAAGUACAGAAACAUGAAUUAGGAACUUGGAGUUCUGCUGUAUAUGAUAUGCAAAUCUUUUAAAAUUCUAGGAUUUUUGAAAGGAGUGGAUUAUUUUUUGUGCAAUGCGCUAUUAAAGCCAGUUUUGUGCAAUUCACCCAUCUUUCCAGAGAGUUUAAUGUGCAAUUAUUUUCAAAGAGCUUAUGUACUGCUAUAGUACUAUUUUUGUGGUUGGUAAGAAUAUAAAAAACCAAUGUUCUGAUG